AAACAGCACUUCCGUAAUGUAACAGAUAAACAAUAUGGCGGCGUCCUUACAGCGUUUCGCAUCUUCUGGGAGAUAUCUCCUGCAAAGACUGAAAACUAAUUCUUUAAUUCGGGUCACAGCAGGACCACAGAGACUCUUGGCGACAGAGGCUGCUCAACGGGUCUCCCUCAAUGUUCCGGAAACCAAGGUGACAGCUUUACAAAACGGGCUCCGUGUGGCUUCAGAGGAUUCGGGGCUCAGCACGUGUACGGUGGGUCUCUGGAUAGACGCUGGCAGUCGCUAUGAGAAUGAGAGAAAUAAUGGCACGGCACAUUUCCUGGAACACAUGGCCUUUAAGGGCACCAGGAAACGGUCCCAGCUGGAUCUGGAGCUGGAGAUUGAGAACAUGGGAGCUCAUCUGAAUGCCUACACGUCCAGGGAGCAAACUGUGUAUUAUGCCAAAGCUUUCUCCAAGGAUCUUCCUCGAGCUGUGGAGAUUCUGGCUGACAUAAUCCAGAACAGCACUCUGGGUGAGGCGGAGAUCGAGAGGGAGCGAGGGGUCAUCCUCAGAGAGAUGCAGGAAGUGGAGACCAAUCUGCAGGAAGUGGUCUUUGACUACCUUCAUGCCACAGCAUAUCAGUCCACAGCUCUGGGCAGAACCAUCCUGGGUCCCACCGAGAACAUCAAAACCAUCAACAGAGGAGACCUGGUGGAGUACAUCACCACUCACUACAAAGGGCCCAGAAUAGUGCUGUCUGCUGCUGGAGGAGUUUCUCACAACGAGCUUAUCGAUUUGGCCAAGUAUCACUUUGGAAAACUUCCCGGUCAUUAUCAAGGCGAAGCUCCGGCCCUUCCUCCCUGCCACUUUACAGGAAGUGAGAUCCGUGUGCGUGAUGAUAAGAUGCCUCUGGCUCAUAUCGCCAUCGCCGUGGAGGCAGUGGGUUGGUCUCACCCUGACACCAUCCCCCUCAUGGUGGCAAACACACUCAUUGGAAACUGGGACCGGUCUUUUGGUGGAGGCGUGAAUCUGUCCAGUAAACUGGCUCAGAUGGCCUGUCAGGGAAACCUGUGCCACAGCUUCCAGUCCUUCAACACCUGCUACACAGACACAGGCCUGUGGGGUCUCUACAUGGUGUGUGAGCCUGGCACCGUCAAUGACAUGAUGCACUUCACUCAGAUGGAAUGGAUGUCUCUUUGUACGAGUGUGACGGAGAGCGAAGUGGCUCGGGCAAAGAAUCUGCUCAAGACCAACAUGCUCCUGCAUCUUGACGGAUCUACCCCCACCUGUGAGGACAUCGGCAGACAGAUGUUGUGCUACAGCCGCAGGAUCCCUCUGCACGAGCUGGAAGCCAGAAUUGACGCCAUUGAUGCGACCACCAUUAAGGAUGUGUGCACCAAAUACAUCUACAACAAGGCUCCUGCCAUCGCAGCAGUUGGUCCGAUUGAACAGCUGCCAGACUACAACAAGAUCCGCAGUGGAAUGUUCUGGAUGAGACCCUGAGCAGAGACUCACUUUUUAACUGUACAGCAUAGAAACAGACGCACUAUUUAACUCCUCUUUAAUUUCUUUUUUAUUAUAAAAUAAAGACCAACACAAUAAUGUUAAAAUAA